AUGCCAGAACAGCCUAAGUGUCCUGUGGAUGACUCCACGAAGGAAGUGUGGUUGAAACAACAGAGCACUAAUAAUAAGAAUGAAUCAGCAAAAGCACUACCUCCAAAUCAUCCACCGGCUAGUUCUGAAGGGUCAGGAGUUUGUCCGGUAGACCAUUCUUCCCAGGAUGUAUGGCUGAAAAACCAUCUACAGACCGUUAAUGGCUCUGCUGGCGGUGCUGCAGUUGCAGCAGCACCAGCACCAAUCAUAUCGAUCAUCACUGAGGAUGUCGAAUGUUCAAGUGAUGAGAUACCUGAACACCCGAAAUAUACCACAGCUGUUAAUUUGCCAACAGAGAGAGAGAAAUCCUCCAUUCCUAGAACCGGAACAUCGGAUAAUUGGGUUUAUCCAUCAGAGAAGCAAUUCUUCGAGGCAAUGAAGAGAAAAAAUUGGGAUCCCGAAGCUGUGGAUAUGAAAGCCGUUGUUCCCAUCCACAAUUCCGUUAAUGAAAGAGUAUGGAAUUAUAUCAAAAUUUGGGAAGACGGACAAGGGGGAGAUGUCUGUGGUGGCAUCAAAUUGACUAGUUUCAAAGGCGAUUCAAAGAAGUUAACCCCAAGAGCAUGGUUUAGAUCCUCAAUCCUUGGAAUGACCAAACCUUUUGAUAGGCACGAUUGGGUCGUCGAUCGCUGCGGGAAACAAAUAGAUUAUGUCAUCGACUUCUAUUCGAAUCCAGAACCUGAAAAGAACCACCUUCCUCCAAUAUAUUUGGACGUUAGACCAAAAGUGAAUACUUUUGAAGGUUGUAAAUUACGCGUUAUGAAAAUGCUAGGAUUUUAA